AUGCCACUCACCAACCGCCGCCGCGCGCGGCGCAAGGAAAUUCAACUGCAGGAAACGUCCGAUGCAGAGGCACCGGAUUCAUCGCCCAGCCGGCCCUCCGCAAAGAAGCGCAAGGUUGAUCGGCGCAACUCGCCUUCACGAAAUGUCAAACAUGAGUCCGGCGACGAGGCCGAGGACUCAGCAGGCGAUCACGAACCAGCUACCAAUCAAGAUUUAGUCGAUCUCGUCAUCUCAUACUUGAAUACACCACGCGAAGAAUUGCGCGUCUCCCGCGAUCACUCCAACACUAAGACCGAAAACACACAGCGCAUCCAGGCCUACGCCAAGAUCGCCGGCCGCAACUGGACCUAUUACGUCAAAACAUUGCAUGUCAACAUUGGCCGCGAACCGGAUCGUGAACCAAGAGCUACCGAACAGUCUAGCCCCGUGACAAUUGCCGCUCGUGCGUUACCAGAUGUCCAUGUCGACUUGGGCCCCAGUAAAUUCGUAUCGAGACUGCAUGCGGAGAUCUUCUACGACGGCGAAGAAACACCCGCUUGGCACAUUCGCGUCAAUGGUCGAAACGGCGUCCGCUUGAACAACAACAUUGUGAAGCGCGGUACCGAUGCGAUUUUAUCAUGUGGCGACAUCAUCGAGGUGGCCAACACCCAGAUGAUGUUUGUGACGCCCGGCGACGAGGCCAACAUCCAGCCGAGCUUCAUCGAGCGCGCCCAGCGCAUUGCCAGUGGCCAAGAGCAAGACCCGGCUUUGGUCUCCUGGGACUCAUCCCAACAUGCCCAUCCUCCUCAGCCGUCACAGGCCAGCGAGGCGGCGCGGCCCUCUUCAUCCGGCGGUCCUUCGUUGGCACCUGCUCCACAGUUCCUCAAGCGACAGGUGACACCCCCGCCACGAUCGCCUGAUACAGUCGGGCAGCGCACAGCGAAACAGUCCCCGCUUUACAACCGAGGGAUGAUGAUGGAGAGUACAGAGGAGAUCGACUACAGCAAGGAUGCCGCCAAAGACUUGAAACCGCCUUACAGCUAUGCGACUCUCAUUGCCCAGGCGAUUUUCUCCAGCGAAGAGGAGAAACUCACCCUGAACAGCAUUUAUAAUUGGAUCAUGGACAAAUACGCUUUUUAUCGCCAUUCGCAAAGCGGCUGGCAAAACUCCAUCCGACACAAUCUGUCGUUGAACAAGGCGUUCCAAAAGGUUCCCCGGCGCACCGACGAACCUGGUAAGGGUAUGAAGUGGCAGAUUGCGGCAGAGUAUCGGGAGGAGUACCGCAAGAAGCAGACCCGAAAGGGCGGCACCCAGUCUUCUGCUCCGUCGUCUCCUGCGACAAAGGAGCCUCCUUCAUCAGCCGCGCGUGGGGCUCACGUUAGCAAGCUGGACACUUCAUUCUCAGCCACAUCGAAGAAGUCACCACCUGUAUCGUCGCCUGGAUUCAGCUCAUUCCCCGUUGCCCCAGUGGAAGCAUACACCCCGGAGCGCGGUUCCCGACUUGGACGUGGAGUAGGUUCCGACCAUCCAUUACGACACAUGAACCCGCGCGACUACGAUGAACCUUCACCACUCCCCGCACGCACCCACAAUCACAGUUCUAGCGUGUCCACGCAGGUCCAAAACAGCAGCAACAACCUUGCCCGCGCGUACGGAAUGUCCGACAACAUCGCCAAUUCGCCACCGGUCCUCUCAUCAUCUUACUAUAAUGAAGAGCCCUCUUCGAUGAUCACCCCCGCCCCACAACGCCAACAGCCCCGUCUCCCACCCCCAAGUACAGCGCAGAUCCCUUCUAAAUUCAUGCCCAUGAGCUCGCCCGCGCAGUUCUGGAAAUUCGCUGAUAUCGGAAGUACGCCUGCCCGCCCACCACCGGACAUGAGUCCGCUCAAGGGCGAGGUCGAAGACCGUAUCAUCGGCGGCUUCCCGAGCAGCAGUCCGCCCCCACCGAAUCUCGUCAGUCCCAGUAAACCCGGGACGUCGAAUGGACUAGGCUCGGGUCGCACUUUGCCGCCCAUCAAGACGGACCCCGGGGAUCUGGCUAAUGAUUCCCAUGGGCGCAAGGAGGAGCGUCUGGAGGAAGAGGAGGAAGACGGUUCGGGCUUUGACCUUGCUAGGGGAUUCCAACCUAUAGGCUCGUACCAUCGUCAACUAAGCAACGCUGCCCGCGCAACGGCUACUUAG